AUGUCUAAAACGAGCUCUGCAUCCGCAGAUGGCGAUACUCCAGUCCGAUGUCCAAGCUCGCCACCUCAGCGACCCAGACGGGAGUUCACCGCGAUUCUCGGCCACAGAUGGGAGAAAUGCGAAUUCCAUAUUCAUAUUGAAUGGGUCGGCGUAUAUCCCACAUGGGUACGAGAGCGGAACCUGCAUCGAGAUUCGAAAGCCGCCCUGUUGCACUACUGGCAAAGCCUGCCCGACGGUCGCCCGAUGAACCCAGACGAUGACGAGGUGUUCGAAGUGUUUCGAUUCAGGGAUGAUAAGGCAGCGGAUGAAGGUACGAAACGAUUACUGUUAACCGAAUGGGUCGGGUAUGACGAGAAGGCCAUGACCUGGGAACCUGAGGAGGAAAUGAUGAAGGCGGUCCCUGAGCUUGUGGAGCUAUUCUGGGCGCAAAAGCCGGUUUCCAAGGUCAAGAAUGACUUUUUUUAA